AUGUUGUUUCAAGAGUCUCAAGGCAAGCCUCUCCAAUUCGGAGUCACCGCCGCUUGUGGUUCUGGAUUCCUCCUUUUUGGCUAUGACCAGGGAGUCUUCGGUGGCUUACUCGACAAUGAACCUUUCCUCAAGACCUUCGGGUACCCUGGUGCCACGAUCCAGGGCCAGAUUGUGGCUACUUACGAUAUUGGCUGCAUCAUUGGCACCUUGGUGUCCAUGUUCUUCGGCGAUAGACUAGGGCGCAGACGAUGCAUUCUCGUCGGGUGCUGUAUCCUGAUUGUCGGGGCCGUGUUGCAAACUGCUUCUUACUCCCUGGCUCAAAUGAUUGCUGGCCGUGUGGUGGCUGGUGUAGGGAACGGCAUGAACACAGUUGCCAUUCCCGUCUGGCAAUCGGAAACCGCACGAGCAGAUAACCGUGGGAGGCUUAUUGUUGCUCAGCUGGUGACGAAUAUAUUUGGUGUCGUGAUCACAAAUUGGAUGAACUAUGGUUUCACCUUCAUCCCGCACUCCGAUGUGAGCUGGCGGUUCCCUCUUGGCUUCCAAUGCUUCUUUGCAAUCAUCACCAUCUCCCUGGUUCUCAUCACCCCAGAGUCUCCUCGUUGGCUGGUGAUGAGAGGUCGUGUCAGCGAGGCGCAUAAUAUCCUCGCACGACUCCUGGCCAAGCCAGAGGACGACCCUGCGGUGCUCGAUGAAGUCCAAAGCCUGGAUGCUACGGUGCACCACGAGGCAGAAGUGCAGCAAUCCAGUAUCCUCAAAGAAAUCUUCGCCAGUAGCAACAAACAACAAACACUCCGCCGAAUGCUCCUCGGAGCAGGAACCGCCUUCUUCCAACAAAUGGGAGGAACAAACGUGAUUACAUAUUACUUACCUGUUGUUUUGACGCGAAGCGUCGGGCUCAGCAACCGCAUGGCCUUGAUCCUGUCGGCGGUCGACUCGAUGUCGUUAAUGUUCUGGGGCUCGCUCGCCAGCUUGGUCAUCGACCGAGUUGGUCGAAAACGCCUGAUGCUGAUGGGAGUCACUGGGAGCAGUAUCUGCUUCGCACUAGUCGCCGUAGGACUGCGCUAUGGCGGAACAGACAACAAAGGCAUGUCGAUCCUCGCUGUCGUGUUCAUUUUCGUGUACUACGUUUUCUACGGCCUGUCACUCCUCUCGAUCCCAUACAUGUACCCGGCGGAAAUCAACUCGCAGAAGAUGCGGAACAUCGGUACCUCACUUGCCACGACGGUGAACUGGGUCUUUGUUUACCUGGUUGUUGUGGUCACGCCCACAGCCAUCGAAAGCAUCCACUGGAAGUAUUACAUGCUCUUUGCCAUUUUUAACGUCUGCUUUGUCCCGAUUAUCUGGCGGUUCUAUGUUGAGACUGCCAAUCUUUCUUUGGAACAGGUCGACCGUCUGUUUGAGAUCAAACACGAGGUUGGGAAAGAUAUGAGCUGGUCUGAGGUGACGAGGAUUGCCCGCACGGAGACACCGGUUGGGCUUAGGGAUGUGAAAGCUGCCGAGGCUGAACAUUGUGAGAAUGUGGCUUAA